CUAGAUUCAUCGAGAGAGAUCAAAUAUAUCAGCCACAGCCACAAGAGGGACGGGUUUUCGUCGAGUAAAUCAGCGAGAAGGAUCAAUGGCGUCGUUCUUGCAGUCAUUUCUGGAUCCUAGGAAGAACUGGUUGGCUGCUCAGCACAUGAAAUCCAUGUCCAAACGCCUUCGCAAUUACGGCCUACGGUAUGAUGAUCUCUAUGAUCCCUAUUACGAUCUGGAUGUGAAGGAGGCCCUGAAUCGUCUGCCUAGGGAGAUUGUUGACGCACGCAAUCAGCGCCUUAAGCGCGCCAUGGACCUUUCCAUGAAGCACGAGUACCUCCCCGACGAUCUUCAGGCGAUGCAGACACCAUUCAGAAGUUAUCUUCAAGAAAUGUUGGCCCUUGUGAAGAAGGAGAGAGCAGAGCGUGAGGAAUUGGGAGCCUUGCCUCUUUACCAAAGAACCAUUCCUUGAGAGCAUCAUAUGUUGCUUGAAACUGCUUCGAUUGGAGCAGGAUCUUGUUUGAAUUGUAUUGCUGUUUGAUAGUUUCUUUUUAUUCUGUUUUUCAUUGGGAAAGAAAGAUGGACAACCUCUUUGGCUUUUCCGAGUUCAUGAACCGCAUUUUUGAAAAGUCUGGACAGUCGUCCUCAAGCUCUAUCUAAUAAAUAUAUCUAAAACCUUUCAUAAGUCACUCCCAUGUUUGGCGGAAAUUUAUGUCCCAAGAUAUUCUUUCCGCAGUAAUGUUUUAGUCCGAGUUGAGCUA